AAUGGGUUUUACAACUGUUCUAUUUUUUUCAGUUUAUGGAGGUAUUUUUUCCCCUCUCUUUCAGUGCAAGAAACGAUCGAACGCCAUGAAUGUAAUAAUUAUUUAGACAUCGAAAUGUUGAUGUCAGGAAAAAAGGUUGUUUUUCUAUUAUGACUGAAAUAGAAACAUUUCUGUUAACGCACCAAGUGUAACAGAAGAAACUACACUGCAUGUAUGUUUGGUUUUUUCUUCUCUCUUAGAUUGUAGACCGUUCAUUCGUUUACGAAAAGAUUCCCCAUGUAUUUCUCUACAAAAUCGUGUAUAGGAGAUGAUCCGCAUGUUUAAGACGCUAGCUUAACUGAACACAAAUCACAAUGUUCUAUAAAUUUAAAAAGGUUUUAAUUUUGAACUCCAUUUUGAAAGUGAUAGGAAGAACAUCUGCGAUCGUUUCUUGACACAUUCAGAUGUUCCCUAUCGAAUGGCGAAAGACUCAUCUCAUCCUCGUCGAUCGGACGUGAUAAAAAUGUGUAGUUAAUAAUUGACUGUCAUAAUUGAACAAAAUGUUCUAGUUUUAGUUUUUCGAUUAUUUUCAGAAAAGUUCCACCAAAAGUUUCGCACUUGAAUCGAGUAAAUCUUCAAAAUGACGCAAGAAUGAGCCUGAUUGAUGCAUUUUUGACUGAGGACUGUUCAUUUUACCAAUUGAUAGAGAAUUUUUUGUGCUACAUGUUAAUCAUUUGUUCUGGAUGCAACGCGUAGGUUGAAGUUCAUACUGACGAAAUACAGUUUUUCGAGUUAAAUGUUUUAAUUUUCUAAGAUAUUUUUGUGUUUUGUUUAAUUAAGGCAGUGUGCCAAACUUUAGGAUCAUCUUCUAUACACAGUUUUGUAGACAAAUAAAUGAGGAAUCUUUUCGUAAAAGAAUGAACGGUCCACGAUCUAAGAGCGAAGAGAGAAAGAAAAAAAUACAUAUAGUGCAAUUUCUUCUGUUACAUCUCCGUAUUUCUCCUAACGAGUUUAGAUUUAAUAUUUCUUUUUUAUUUGUCCUCGCAGCAUUUUCUAUACCGAAUUAAUACACUCAACAAGAAAAGGAAAGAACAAGAACAAUGACGCUAUAAGUAGUAUAACUCUGUAGUGUACUUACUACAGCUAUUAUCAGCCUAUUUAUUAUUUUUUUGUUGUCUCUUUGAGUACAAGGACUUUCUUUAGAUCUAUGAAGAGAAAAUUAGGAAAACCCUCUCUUCUUAUAGAGAAUAGAUAGAAAUUUGUUUUUGUAUAAUUCCAUUAAUUGAAGAGUAUUUUCGUUCUGUAACUAUUUAUUUCCAUCUAGAUUUAUUCUGCAAGAUUAAACAACAGAGAUGAUAUAUCGACUAUUUUGAAUACAAUAACAAAUCCAUACUAAAUUCAAUAGACUGUCACAUACUAUAGAAACAGUUGGGAAUUGAUAAAAUGGUAAGUGGUGAGCAAAAGUCUCAUUUAUGUCCUGAUGCCAUUCAAAUAAUAGUCUCUCUACGGAAGUUGUAAUAGAUGAAAUGAUUCUAUCAUUUGCCUUUUCUGAACUCUGCGGGAUGAUAAUUAUCAAAGAUUCAGUAAAUUUAGUUCAUCUAAUAUAUGCUGGAGAAUUGAAACUUUGUUAUGCACUGUCCUACUAGGAAAAUAGUACAGACUCAAAAAGUAUUUCCAGUUAGAUGUGAUGGGUCUCAGUUGUUAUGUGCAUGUCCACCACUUUUGGUUGUUUCUCAUAUAUUUAGUUAAUGCUAUCACUGAUCUUCACAGACGAUCAUCCACUGAAUUCUGUAUUGAUUCUUCUAUACAUUUUGUUUAGAGUGCAAAACCCGAAAGCUUUUGGAAAGAGAAAAUGACAAAUUUGUUUUAUUUAUACGGUAAACGAAAAUUUUCUAUUAUAUUAUUAUUAAUAAUCUAAUAAAUAUGACAAUAGUUUAGAUGCUGAUCGAGAUGGUUCAAUAACACCACUUGAUUUCGACAUUCUUGCUAGUAAAUUAUCGGAUCUCAUAGGUCAAGACAACCCAAAACAUUCCGAACAAUAUGCAACGGCACGAAAAACAUUGUGCGCAGAAAUAAUGCGAGCCGAUGCAAAUCAUGAUGGAAAAGUGACACUUGAUGAAUGGUUAGAAUUUCAUCGACGAUUAAAAGAUGAAUUAACUAAACCUGACACGAAUCCAGACUUGGUUGAACAAUUGUGCAAUAGAAUGAACACAACAUUUCAAAUGUUAGAUUUGAACAAUGAUGGUGUUAUCGAAAAAGAUGAAUGGAUAAAAACCUGUGGAUUUUUUGGUGUAAAAACGGAUGUGGCUGAAAAAGCCUUUAAUCAAAUAGCCAAAGAUGGAAAACUAAAAGAAGAUAAAGCAAAAAAAUUAUUUUUUGAAUACAUCAAAACUGAUGAUCCAAAUCAUAUUUCAAAUUGUUGUCUGUGCUUUUUAUAA